AUGCAAAUCACUAGCGAGUUUUUAUGGUCCAUCGAGAAAGGAAAAGGUCGGCUCUAUCCGGCGUAUAGCCUGAGCGGUUCGGAGGGCGAAGACUCGCCCAAACGAUACAAAUCCUCGCACAACACCUACCAGCAUCCGCUUUACCAGCAACCGUCCGGGCUGAGCGAUACUCCUACAUCUGAGAACGCUUCUGACGCCACGCUAACCGAUUCUGAACUGGCUCUGGCUAGGGAUUCUACUCUUCUUGUACAUAACGUUAAUUUUAAGGAGUGUUCGAUUUUACGAGCGACUCCCGCAGUCUGCGAGUUCCCGACCAUAUUUACGACCUUCUCGGGGAUAAACACACCCCAUUACCGGCACCGGAUUAUUUGCAGGUCUUCCGUGCCGUUUUUGCGCGCGGAGACUAGUUGA